AUGGCGUUCAAGAAUCUUGUUCAACUGCUCGACACCGUGGCUACUGAGAGGGAGCAUGGUCAGAUUAUCUGCUACCCUUCGGGAUCAACCAAGUGCCGCAGCACUUACUCCUAUCGCGACCUCCUGCAUGAGGCACGUCAGGCUAGCCAGGCACUUCGCCGCAGGGGUACCGGGGACCUCUCCCUCCGGUCCCCAGUUCUCUUGCACUUUGAUGCCCACUGGGACAACAUCGUCUGGUUCUGGGCGGUGAUGUUGACAGGAUGUAUCCCAGUUAUGUCCACAGCACUUCCAAACAGCCCAUUCCUCCGCACAGCUCAUCUGAAGCAUCUAUCGGUCAUGCUAAAGGAUCCGUUGUGCUUGACUCGAGAGAGCCAGAUGCCCGAGUUCUGUGAUCAAGAGGCGAUACGCCCCGUAUCCAUUGAAUCUUUAAAUCUAUCGGGAUCGCCUUUCGUGGAAGACAUGGCUAUCAAUCCUGGGCCAAAAGAUACUGCCGUCAUGCUACUCACCUCCGGUAGCACUGGGAACUGCAAAGCAGUUUGCCUUAGCCACGGUCAGAUCCUUGCAGCGAAUGUCGGCAAGCUUUCUGUCAUCCCGCUUGCUGGGGAAAGUUUGCUGAAUUGGGUACAUCUCGACCACGUCGCAGCCUUGGUUGAGAUCCAUCUGCAAGCAAUGCUCGCUCGCAUGGAUCAGGUACAUGUCCCCGGCUCGGACCUCUUGUCCAGCCCGACUACAUUCCUCGACCUAAUCGACACACACCGUGUCUGCCGCACAUUCGCGCCCAACUUCUUCCUAGCUAAACUCCGAGCCGCCCUUGAAAACAUACACGACCCGCCCCAGUGGGAUCUCAGCUGCCUGCAAUACAUUGCGUCCGGAGGUGAAGCCAAUGUGACCAGAACCUGCGUCGAUAUCUCCAAGCUGCUGGCCCGAUACGGCACGCCCUCGAAUGUCAUUGUGCCGGGUUUCGGAAUGACUGAGACUUGUGCUGGCUCGAUCUUCAAUACACGGUGUCCAGAGUAUGAUCAAGACCAGAAGCUAGAGUUUGCGGCAGUUGGCCGAUGCAUGCCGGGGAUUCAGGCUCGCAUCACGGAUGGCUCGCCCGCCAACACCUGCGUCCCGCCAGAGGAGAUUGGCAACCUCGAAGUCACCGGCCCGGUGAUAUUCAAGUCCUACUUCAACAACCCGAAUACCACGGCAGAUUCUUUCACGAGCGAUGGAUGGUUCAAAACGGGCGACCAUGGCUUGCUUGACCGCAAUGGCUAUCUCGUCAUGGCCGGUCGCGCUAAAGACACAAUGAUUGUCAACGGACUGAAGUAUAACCCUCACACCAUCGAGAGGGUACUGGAGGAGGCAGAUAUCCCAGGUCUCACGCCCACCUAUAACUGUUGCUUCUGUUCACUGCCUCGGGGAGGUGAGACAGAAGAAGUCUGUCUGGUCUCUGUACCCAUAUACCAAGCAGAUGACAUGGUCGCCCGUGUCGAAACGACGGAGGAGAUCUCCAAGACAGUCAUGAUGUGCACCGGGGCACGACCACGGGUCAUUCCACUUUCGAAGACCAUCCUUCAAAAAACAGCACUGGGCAAGUUAUCGCGGGCGCAGAUAAAAGCCAGCUAUGAGAGAGGGGAGUACCAACCCUACCAGGAGCUGAAUAGCAAGAUGAUCAAGCUCUACCGGAGCAUUACAAAAGUACCACCAAGAGACGAACUUGAAUCUACUCUCCUCGCCAUUUUCACCGAGACCCUCGGGCUGGAUACCCAAGACUUCGGAGUACAAAGCCCACUUCUAGACUUGGGCGUCACCUCGAUCGAGAUAAUCAGGCUCAAAAAGGCCCUUGAGGAAUGCUUGGACCUGUCUGAGGAAAUCCCAAUCAUUACACUCUUGGGAAACCAGACCAUCCGAGCCCUCGGUGACUUCCUUCGAGACCUCCAGACGGCCACUCUCGAGGCUCCCCAUUUCUACAACCCGACACCGCUCUGGCUUAUUCACCCGGGCGUGGGUGAGGUGCUUGUGUUCCUCAACCUUACUAAAUAUAUUCAGGACCGGCCGGUUUUUGCGCUCCGGGCGCGAGGCUUCAACGAGUCUGAACAGCCGUUUGAUAGUAUCGGCGAGGCAGUAGCCACCUACCAUGCCGCGAUCAAGCGCACGCAACCUGAAGGCCCCUACGCUAUCGCCGGUUACUCAUACGGUGCCAUGCUCGCCUUCGAGACCAGCAAGCGGCUCGAGCAUCGCGGGGAUACUGUAGGUUUCCUUGGCUCUUUUAACCUUCCGCCACACAUCCGAUCGCGUAUGCGUGAGCUAGACUUCCGGCAGUGUCUCCUUCAUCUCGCCUACUUCUUGGACCUAAUGAGCGAAGGUCGUGCGAAUGACCUGGCGGCAGAGCUUGGUGACAGCAUCUCGCAAGAGGAGGCGCUGGAGAUCGUGUGGACGGGUUCAGACUCGAGCCGGCUGGCAGAGCUCGCACUGACAAAGCGUGGUCUCUUGAAGUGGGCAUGUCUGGCGUUCGGGCUGCAGAGUAUGGCAGUCGAGUAUGAGCCGUCAGGGUCGGUAGGUGGCAUUGAUUGCUUCUACUGUAUCCCGCUUGCGGGAGUGGCAUCAUCCAAGCGGCAGUGGUACGAUGAACAUAUGGUCAAAUGGAAGGAUUUCGCGCGGUCAGAGCCGCGGUUCCAUGAUGUGGCGGGCGCGCACUACACGAUGCUAUCACCGGAGCAUGUCUUUGGAUUUCAGAAGACGUUGCGGCGGGCGCUAGAGAAUAGGGGACUUUGA